GGCGGUACCUUUCAAGGCAGAGCAGUGGAACCGUGAGCCCGCCAGCCUGUGGGAGGGCGGACAGACUGACUACAGAGCCGACGGACGGACGAACAGACAGCGGGACAGUCAAACGGCCGGAGUCGCCUCAAGUUUCGCCAUGAGCUGGGGAACAGAGCUGUGGGAUCAGUUCGACAGCUUAGACAAGCAUACACAAUGGGGAAUUGACUUCUUGGAAAGAUAUGCCAAAUUCGUUAAAGAGAGGAUAGAAAUUGAACAGAACUAUGCGAAACAGUUGAGAAAUCUGGUUAAGAAGUACUGUCCCAAACGGUCAUCCAAAGAUGAAGAGCCAAGGUUUACCUCGUGUAUAGCCUUCUUUAACAUCCUUAACGAGCUAAAUGACUAUGCAGGACAGCGAGAAGUAGUAGCAGAAGAAAUGGCGUACAGAGUAUAUGGUGAAUUAAUGAGAUAUGCUCAUGAUCUGAAAACUGAAAGAAAAAUGCAUCUCCAAGAAGGACGAAAAGCUCAACAGUACCUUGACAUGUGUUGGAAACAGAUGGAUAAUAGUAAAAAGAAAUUUGAAAGAGAAUGUAGAGAGGCAGAAAAGGCACAACAGAGUUAUGAAAGAUUGGAUAAUGAUACUAAUGCAACCAAGGCAGAUGUUGAAAAGGCUAAACAGCAGUUGAAUCUGCGUACACAUAUGGCUGAUGAGAAUAAAAAUGAAUAUGCUGCACAGUUACAAAACUUUAAUGGAGAACAACACAAACAUUUCUACGUAGUGAUCCCUCAGAUUUACAAGCAACUACAAGAAAUGGAUGAACGGAGGACUAUUAAACUCAGUGAGUGUUACCAAGGAUUUGCAGACUCAGAGCGCAAAGUUAUUCCUAUCAUUUCAAAAUGUUUGGAAGGAAUGAUUCUUGCAGCAAAAUCUGUUGAUGAAAGAAGAGACUCUCAAAUGGUGGUAGACUCCUUCAAGUCUGGAUUUGAACCUCCAGGAGACUUUCCAUUUGAAGAUUACAGUCAGCAUAUUUAUAGAACCAUUUCUGAUGGGACUAUCAGUGCAUCGAAACAGGAAAGUGGGAAGAUGGAUGCCAAAACCACAGUAGGAAAAGCCAAGGGCAAGUUGUGGCUCUUUGGAAAGAAGCCAAAGCCACAGUCCCCACCCUUAACCCCUACUAGUUUAUUCACAUCCAGUACUCCUAAUGGGUCCCAGUUUCUCACAUUCUCCAUUGAGCCCGUGCAUUAUUGUAUGAAUGAAAUAAAAACAGGGAAGCCCAGAAUUCCUUCUUUCAGAAGCCUCAAAAGAGGGUGGUCGGUGAAGAUGGGUCCAGCACUAGAAGAUUUUAGUCAUCUGCCACCAGAACAGAGACGUAAAAAACUACAGCAACGCAUUGAUGAACUUAACAGAGAACUACAAAAAGAAUCAGACCAAAAAGAUGCACUUAACAAAAUGAAAGAUGUGUAUGAGAAGAAUCCACAAAUGGGGGAUCCCGGGAGUUUACAGCCCAAAUUAGCAGAGACCAUGAAUAACAUUGACCGCCUGCGAAUGGACAUCCACAAGAAUGAGGCUUGGCUCUCUGAAGUUGAAGGCAAAACAGGUGGGAGAGGAGAGAGAAGACAUAGCAGUGACAUAAAUCAUCUUGUAACACAGGGACGAGAAAGUCCUGAGGGAAGUUACACAGAUGAUGCAAACCAGGAAGUUCGUGGGCCACCCCAACAGCAUGGUCACCACAAUGAGUUUGAUGAUGAAUUUGAAGAUGACGAUCCUUUGCCUGCUAUUGGACACUGUAAAGCUAUCUACCCUUUUGAUGGACACAAUGAAGGUACUCUGGCAAUGAAAGAAGGUGAAGUUCUGUACAUUAUUGAGGAGGACAAAGGAGAUGGAUGGACAAGAGCUCGGAGACAGAACGGUGAAGAAGGCUAUGUCCCCACAUCAUACAUAGAUGUAACUCUAGAGAAAAACAGUAAAGGUGCAGUAACUUAUAUCUAAACUAACUGGGCAGCUCUGUGCUACGCAUGACGUAAGAAAGAUAACAUAAAAUGAAAGUACAUUCAACAGGUUAAAAAAAAGAAAACUUAAAGGGCAUCCAAGAGUUAUUGUUCACUAUGUGAGCUGAGUGGAGGCUUGAUCUUAGAGAUGUGAAUAUUACCACAAAAAAUAUUCUUGUGACAUUUUACCAUUUGAGUGAUGUUGAUGUGAAGCUUAAUUGAUGCCUUUUGCUUUAUGUCCUGCUUAAGUCUAUGUGAAGGAUUUGUGUUUUUCUGGCUUCUAAAUCAUAGAAUUUGCUCUAUUGGAUAGGAAUCCAUAGAUAAAAAGCUUUCAAAGCUUUCCCUCCCUUUCAGAAAACACAGUGACUAUAGUGAAUUCAAAUAAGUAAAACUGCUCUGAAAUGCUAUAGAAACUGAUUCCCAAAAGAGUAGUUUGUUCUAGAAGUUUGAAUUUGUAGCUGUAGUUUCCAGGAAGAAAAUUAAUAGUUGAUUAUUUGAGUUAAAUAAUUUAUUUUAAGAAUAAUUUUCGUUUUCCUUUCUAUUUUUAACUUUGGUUUCCUGAAGGAAGAAAACAAGCACCUAGCACAUAAUCUAAGUAGUAGGUUAAUCAGGAGACCUGCAAAUAAAUCAGCCUGGUCUAGUAAUUUUCAAUAAUGUACAGGCUUCCUUCUAAAUAAAUCUUAUGUUUGUAUUUGUCAUCUUGAAAAUGUCUUUUGGGAAAUAUCACUUUAGUGAUUAUUUAGCAUUUAGCAGUUAUAUAUAGGAAAAUAGAUUCUAAAUGAACUAAGAGGAGAUCAUGAGUGGAGGGGAAGUACCGAAAAAUACUUUUAAAAGAAAAACAACUUUUUUGACUGAGUUGGGGGGAGAUAUCUGUAUUACCAUUUAGGGCAUUUCCUUGUUUUAGCCAAAACAGCUGUUAUUAGGAUAGAUUUUUUUUUCCAGUUAAUUUUUCAAAGAGCAUUUGUUGUAAACAACAGUACAUUGAAUUCCACCAUUUUCCCACAAGGAUUGUACAGUGCUAUUUUUGUGGUCAUGUCCUAAGUUAGUUGUGUGGGGAAAUAAAGUGAGGAAGCAAUUAAGCUAUUCCUUGAUUUUGCUCAUGUUCUAAAUUCUUUUGGUGUUCAGUAGCUGACUAUAAAAUGAUUGUAGAGACGUUUGGGACAGACACAUUUAACUGGACACCCCUUUUGGUCCUGCCAAAGGUCUUCAGUAAUUGUUCUUUUCUUUUUCCUCCUGGACUGCAGGUUCCUGAAGAGGGUUUCUGAGGAAAUGGGCAAGAUGUUGAAGGAGGUUACAUGCAGCUGCUUUUGGGGGGAGGGUGUUAGAAUUUUCAGGCUCAAAGAGAGUGAGAGGAGCAAGUUGCAUGAGUGCAUGCAGACAUGAUUAUUUUUUACUAACUUCAUUAGCAUUUCCAUACAUUGUUUUAAAAAAAAAAAAUCAUUGUAAUACCAAUCCUUAAAUUCCUAGUUCACAAUUAUUCACACUAAAGAAAAGAAAAAAAAAAAAAAACCCCAACAGUGGCUUACCUUUUUUUCCACGUAUUUUACUGAUGUUCAAAUCAGAAAGAAUGCAGAGCUGUCAUUAACUUUGUCUUACAUUUGGCUGUCCCAACAGGACUGUCUCCAUCCCGGCUCUGUUUUAAUUGGCUUUUAGGUCUGUUGUCUGUUAGAAUCCUGCCAUUUGUCAGUGUCUGCCUGUGCCACCUCCGUGCUUGCUUAACAUCAUGUUGCAUGUCUAGAGUGAUCGGGCUAGAUUUUUCAGGCAUGUCUUUAGAAUCCCUUGUUCUUGUCAGUGUCUUUGUUUUGUUUUACGUUUGUAGUGCGAAUCACUUUGUCAGAACAUCUUCAGCACUAAUGUUUCCAUCCUGGUAUUUGUGUAUGCUGCUAUAUAACUUCCCCACUGCCAAACAUUCCCGUUUUGACAUUAAGAAGAAGUAGUCUGUGAACCUGAAGUAUUUAUGAUAAGAAAAAGAAAACAUCUCUGCUCUAGCCUACAACCCAGUUGAAAGAACUCUUUGAAACAUGAUACAUCUUCAGCACCUCAGUCUGGGAAGAAUCUAUAGUCAGCACUGAAAUCCUGGCAUCAUAGACACAGAAGAUACCACCUCAAGACAAAGGACUGUUUUCAAAAGUCAGCUGCUUCCAUUCAAAUGCUGCCUUAAACUAGAGUGCCUAAAUCUGUUGAUUGUCAACGCUACCACUACAGUAUCCCACAAAGGGCUUUAUGUGUCAGCUCAGUGCGACCUCCUUUAACUCCGCAGCUCUGUUGCAGCUGCUGAUGUAGCCUCGGUAGGUGGCUUCGAGAGCUCUGCCACGUAUGAUGGUGCGUUUUCAAAUUUAUGCCUCAAACUCAAGACAUGUCCGAAGUCCAUUUUACUUUACUCAGUGUUUUUAAGAGAAGUUUUAUGGACCCUCCCCAUUGUCGUUUAAUUUGGGAUUAUGAAGUCCUCACUCGAUUAUUGAAAAUGAUGGUCUGUUUCCAAGUGAUGCUUCUGUUUGAACCAGAUAAAAUUUAGUGAAACUUUGUAAUGAUCUAUGUGCACUUUUAAUUGUAAAAUGGAAAUUUCUGUAUGUUUAUAUUUGUAAAUAUAAUUGUUGUUAGUGCCCCUGUUGCUCAUGUUGUCCUGCCUCCCAUUUGUCGUUCUGUUGAUGGCUUGUAUGCUAACUGAUUUCUUAGUGAUGUUGUAAUAGAGAGAUGGGGGAGGGGCGGGGGGGGAGGUAUUUGUACCACUGAAGCUUCAUUAAUUUUGUUCUUCACUGUUUUGAGGACAAAAGGAGAACGUGAAAUGGUCUGUGUAUUAUUGGAUUUUAAGCAAUAUUUUAGAAGCUGUGUGACUGCUUUAAUAAUUUUCCCCAGUGUUAUUUGAAAUGUUAUACUAAAGCCGAAUGACAAUUGUGUGAAAGUUAAUGCCUUCAUGAGAUCAAGUAUGCCACUGCACACAGCUGACAUAGAGUGUGUUACCUUUCAGGCUAGUAAACUAUAAAGUUUAGAUUUUGAAUCUCAUUACAGGGUUAUUUAUAUAAUGUGACAUUAUUCAGUACUGACAGACUACGGGAAGUAGUUUUAAAAUCUAGUGCUGUUUUUGUUUUAAAGGUUAGUAAUGAGGAGGAAAUGUGAUCUGGCUGUGUUUGUCUUCUGUACAAAGCCUGAAGUGCUUGUAUUUUUUUGGCUAAUAGCCACAGAGGGCAAAGUUUAAGGCUUUCUUGUAAGGACUAACUGUUCUUUUCAAGCUACUGUUUUUGUAAAAGCAGGAUUUGCUUCCCGUAGGAGGCAAGUUCCUUCACGUGGAGUUGUGCAACCUGUAUAUGGGUUAUUACGCUAGGAGAGACAUUUGUACUUGCACAGUUUAAAUCAUUCUUAAAUUUUGAACAUGUGAAUUGUCUAAGAGAAAUCUUUUAAUUUUUCCGUAAUUUUUACUCUCUUUGUGCACAUGUUGAUUUCUUAAUGGUAAAUGCUUUGUUUAAGAUAGUGUUCUUGGUUGAAAAUAUUUUAAUGGAAUAAAACAAUCUUUUCAAUGGUCAGUUAAGGUAUAUAGCGUGUUAUCUCUUGUUACCGUAUGAACUACAGAGAUGUAAUGAUUUUGUCCUUGAAUAUGCUAAGUUUCAGAUAGCACAAAGUUAGGUGACAAGUUCCAGAAGCGGGAGCAUCUGUGUUGGGCAAAGCAGUUUGAGAAAUGUUGUUCUGGUUUUAGUUUCUCUCAAGCUUUCUUAAAGAAAAAAAAAAAAUGUUAGCAGUUUCCUUAGAAUGAAUUUAAAUUAGAUGUAAUAAUUUGAAUUUGUUGGCUUUGUUCCACAGUGGCUGUGGUACAUAGACUGUUCUUUUACAUCAUCUUAUGCUCUUCAUCCUAUGAGCUGUCCUUCUACCACAUACCCUGAUCAGUCAACGCACACUGGCCAGCAUUUCCUAUGCUUCUGCUUGAGUUCCUGAUUAGUCAGGAGAGAACGCCUGUGUCUUCCUGGCAUUUCUAAGCAUAGAAGGAGAAUGUUUUCGAUAAUUAGUGUCACAUCUGUCAUUUUAGGAGGUCUGAUUUCAGAAGAUUCUACUUUUUAAAAAAGGCAAAUGUGAAAAUGACUAGAAACUUUUGAAACCCAAAAAGGAAAUGAAACUCAGGGUAACCCUGAACAAUGAAGGGCUGCAGUUAUUGAGAUCCGUGCCACACUUGGAAGUAGGGACACUCAAAACGAUGAAAAUAGCAGGAAAAGAAUAUCUAAUGCUGCAACCUCAGACAAACAGAGGGUUGCUUAAAUAAAAAAAAGCUCAGAACAAUGAAGAGGGCUUUUACUGUCUGAACUAAGAUAAGGAAGUCAAAUAUCUACUUGCUAGGGAAAGAUAACUUACUUGUAACAGUACUAACAAAAGGAAAAGGAUUUCCAGACUACUUGUUGAUAGAUUUUCUAUGUGAAGGUGUUAGUUUAAGUGAAAAAAUACUAAAGAAACACCAGACAGGUUUCAAUGAGUUCAUACACCUGGGAUCAAAAAUACUCCUUAAGAGUCACUUGCAGUAAUCUUAAGAAACUAGAAAAUACAUUUCAAACAAACAAGACCUAUACCGGUUGUCAUCCAGUUGAUUCUGACUCAUGGCGACCCCAUGUGUGCCAGAGUAGAACUGUG